UCACCAAUCUCUUGGUUUUUUCCAGCGACCUUUGGCCAUCAGAGGCACCCUUUAGCCGAAUUUGGCGAAAUUAGCGGAAUUAAGCUCUUUUGACUUCGUUCCAAAUACAGAUCCGGUCAUUUGACAUGGAAAUGGGAGGUGGGUAUCGACCCCAAAGUCAUAGAAUUUCAUUAAACGCUGAUACCCUUUUGGUUAUUAAGCUUCCGGAUCUAAGGUUCCUGCUUGUUUUGUCACGCUCGCUGUUUUUAGCGACGGUGAUUGUCACAUUGCCUUGGAUUAGGUCCGUUCUAACGGGACCUUCAGGUUCGGUUUUUAAUACCAUCGAUUAUCACCAAAAUUCUGGUUCUAUCAAUUUGGAGUACUGGAAUUUGCUUUGGCAAGAUUUUGCUGACGAGGGUCUCAUUAGAAAAGGCGAUAAAGCUCUUAUUUUGAACUCUGCCAUCCAAGGCGUGGCUGAUGGAGGUUCCAUGUUCGUGAACGAUAAUGAGAUUGAUUUGGUGGUGGAACCUGAUUUGGAACGACAAAGUUCCUUACCAGAUGAGGGGUUUGAUUUUGUGUUCGUGUUUGGCUCUCUGGAUUCCAAGUUUGUUGAUCGUGUUGUGAAGAUUGGUGGUGUUAUUGCUAUGCAAUUGGGUGAUGACAUCUCAAGCUAUUAUCAAAAGCAGUCAGACUAUAGAAUUGUGUAUCUUAAGAAAUAUAGUUCAACCAUCUUGGCAAUGAGGAAACUUGGUUCAAACAACCAUUUGUUGGAUUCUUCAGCAAAGCGAAGGCUUUGUCAGCUGACAUUGGAGGCUAGGAAAGCGGCAUUGAAAGGUUUAGAAGAUGUUUUGUUUGAGCCACCUAGAAGAGCUUUGGCUAAAUCACAUGCGUACUUGAGGAAAAUGAAUUUUCUUCCUGAUUUGUUAGGGGAUUCUCUUGAGCACUAUCCCCGUCGAGUUUUCAUUAACGUGGGGUCUUCUGAGGAUAAGAAUGUUGUGAUGAAAUGGUUUGAUAAAAAUUAUCCAAAGAGGAAUCAAGAAUUUGAGUUUUACAGUUUGGAAAUGGGAUUGUCUGGAGGAGAGGGAAGAAGAGUGAGUCCUCGAAUUGAUGUUUCGGAUUGGUUGAUGAAAAAUGCAAGAGAAGAAGAGUAUGUUGUCAUGAAGGCAGAAGCAGAUGCGGUGGAAGAGAUGAUAGCGAGGAGGGCAAUCAGUUUGGUGGAUGAACUGUUUUUGGAGUGCGACAACCAAUGGCAAGAUGGAGGGAAGAAGAAUAAGAAAAAGAAGAAGAGCAAGAGGGCUUAUUGGGAAUGCUUAGCUCUGUACGGAAGGCUGAGGGAUGAGGGAGUUGCAGUACAUCAAUGGUGGGAUUGAGAAAUAAGGCAGGCAUAUAUCCCCCAUGCUCUAUCUUUCUUGGUGAUGUUUAUUCUAUAAUGUGUCCUAUGGUUUUCGUGUUUAGAGUCCAUGUGGGGGAGUCUACAUGUGAUUUCUCCAAAUAAAAGCAUUUUAUUGCUUAGUAGUCUGGCUUGAUGACGUGUAUGCCUUUGGUGUUAUUAUUUCUUUACCUAGGUGUUGCUGUUGAUUGUCAAAUCCUUUUGGUGUUUCUUUUUUGUUUUAUAAGAAUGAAGAUGCACUGUGCAAAACUGCAAAGAAUUAAGUAGUCUUUUCUUCUUCUUUAUGAGAUUUCAAGUGUUCUCCAUAUCUAAAAAUUGU